GCGAGCCCGACACUCGGGAGCCGCUGCGGGGGGGCCUCUUUUUGGGGAGGCGCCGACCGGGGUAGGCUUCGCCGCCCCCAGGGAAGCGGCGGCCGCGUUCCUCCGGGGUGCGCCGGGGCCCGAGAGCAGCGCGCGGCUCGGGCCGCGCGGGGUGGGGCAGCCGGAGCGCAGGCCCCCGAGCCCCGGCGGGCGCCUCCGGGCCCCCGCGCGCCCCCCGGCCUCCGGGAGACUGGCGCAUGCCACGGAGCGCCCCUCGGGCCGCCGCCGCUCCUGCCCGGGCCCCUGCUGCUGCUGCUGUCGCCUGCGCCUGCUGCCCCAACUCGGCGCCCGACUUCUUCAUGGUGUGCGGAGGUCAUGUUCGCUCCUUAGCCGGCAAACGACUUUUCUCCUCGCCUCCUCGCCCCGCAUGUUCAGGACCAAACGAUCUGCGCUCGUCCGGCGUCUCUGGAGGAGCCGUGCGCCCGGCGGCGAGGACGAGGAGGAGGGCGCGUGGGGAGGCGGUGGAGGAGGCGAGCUGCGGGGAGAAGGGGCGACGGACGGCCGGGCACAUGGGGCCGGUAGCGGCGGCGCAGGCAGGGCUGGCUGCUGCCUGGGCAAGGCGGUGCGGGGUGCCAAAGGUCACCACCAUCCCCACCCCCCAGCCGCGGGCGCCGGCGUGGCCGGGGGCGCCGAGGCGGAUCUGAAGGCGCUCACGCACUCGGUGCUUAAGAAACUGAAGGAACGGCAGCUGGAGCUGCUGCUCCAGGCCGUGGAGUCCCGCGGCGGUACGCGCACGGCGUGCCUCUUGUUGCCCGGCCGCCUGGACUGCAGGCUGGGCCUGGGGGCGCCUGCCGGCUCACAGCCCGCGCAGCCGCCCUCGUCCUACUCGCUCCCCCUCCUGCUGUGCAAAGUGUUCAGGUGGCCGGAUCUCAGGCAUUCCUCGGAAGUCAAGAGGCUGUGUUGCUGUGAAUCUUACGGGAAGAUCAACCCCGAGCUGGUGUGCUGCAACCCCCAUCACCUUAGCCGACUCUGCGAACUAGAGUCUCCCCCUCCUCCUUACUCCAGAUACCCGAUGGAUUUUCUCAAACCAACUGCAGACUGUCCAGAUGCUGUGCCUUCCUCCGCUGAAACAGGGGGAACGAAUUAUCUGGCCCCUGGGGGGCUUUCAGAUUCCCAACUUCUUCUGGAGCCUGGGGAUCGGUCACACUGGUGCGUGGUGGCAUACUGGGAGGAGAAGACGAGAGUGGGGAGGCUCUACUGUGUCCAGGAGCCCUCCCUGGAUAUCUUUUAUGAUCUACCUCAGGGGAAUGGCUUUUGCCUUGGACAGCUCAAUUCGGACAACAAGAGUCAGCUGGUGCAGAAAGUGCGGAGCAAGAUCGGCUGUGGCAUCCAGCUCACGCGGGAAGUGGAUGGCGUGUGGGUGUACAACCGCAGCAGUUACCCCAUCUUCAUCAAGUCAGCCACACUGGACAACCCGGACUCCAGGACGCUGUUGGUACACAAAGUGUUCCCCGGUUUCUCCAUCAAGGCUUUUGACUAUGAGAAAGCGUAUAGCCUGCAGCGGCCCAACGACCACGAGUUCAUGCAGCAGCCGUGGACUGGGUUCACCGUGCAGAUCAGCUUCGUGAAGGGCUGGGGCCAGUGCUACACCCGGCAGUUCAUCAGCAGCUGCCCGUGCUGGCUGGAGGUCAUCUUCAACAGCCGGUAGCCUCGUGGGGGAGAGGACAGAGCGGGAGCCGAGUGGGCCCAGUCCAAACUACUUUGCUGCUAAGAUUUUCCUCCUGAGUGCUUGCUUUUCAUGCAAACUCUUUGGUCAUUUUUUUUUUCUUUCCUCUCGUCGUUCUUGUUUAUGUUAUGUUUUGUUUUGUUCUUUGAGAAAUAGCUUAUGAAAAGAAUUGUUGGUUUUUUUUUUUUUUUCCCUCUUCAGGGCGGGUUGGGGCGGGGGCAGGGGUGGGCAGUGGUAAGGUUGGCAGAACACCCAGAUCUGAAAAGGGGAAGCAAAAAUCAGUGCCACCAAACACAGUGUAAAUGGGGAGCAGGCCCCAACCUUGGGGUCAUCGUAGCCCUUAGUAGGGCUUAUGUGUGAGUGAGUGUGUGCCCGUGUGUGAGUGUAGAUGGGAGAGGCAGUGUGCUCUGUGUUGUUAACUACGAAUGCUCCCAAGCUGUGUCUCUUGCCCCUUGCACCUGCGCAGUGGGGCAGCGGGUCUCCCAGCAGCUGCCAGCAGCAAGGUUGUGUCCCCAGCCUGGGGAAGCCCCCCCACCCCUCGCCACCCCUUCCUAGGACAUUGGCCUGUCCGCAGGCUUCUUUGAAGCAGCUCUACAAGAAGCCGAACCAGAACCUAUUUCCCAUGCUGUCUCACUCGCCCCCGCCCCCUCCAGCCACCUCCCUGCCAUCGUCCUUUCUCUUUUAGCCACCUUCUCCUGGAUUGUCUCUGAGAUGGACUUCCUGAGGGCUGCCGGGGCAGCCCCAUUACAGUAUUGCUCACCCAGUGUCCUCUCAGGCCCCUCAGCCUCUCCCCGUCCCUGGUUACAUCAGGUUUUUCCUGGAUUCAGAGAACCAGCUCAGCAUUUUCCUUCCCUCCGCAGCCUGUGUGCUGAGCUCUGCUGUUAGACCAGUGAGGGGAGCAGCACCCCCCUGCCCCCUGUUCCCCCUUCCCACCAAGAAGGAUUCGGUCCAUUGUAACCCAAGGUACCAUCCUGAGCUGACACCCCUAACUCUUCUCAUUUCUUCUACAACUCAUACACUCGGAUGAUACGUUGACACUGCUCUUAGCUCAAUGAGCAUGUUUAGACUUUAACAUAAGCUAUUUUUCUAACUACAAAGGUUUAAAUGAACAAGAGAAGCAUUCUCAUUGGAAAUUUAGCAUUGUAGUGCUUUGAGAGAGAAAGGACUCCUGAAAAAAACCUGAGAUUUAUUAAAGAAAAAAUGUAUUUUAUGUUAUAUAUAAAUAUAUUAUUACUUGUAAAUAUGAAGACGUUUUAUAAGCAUCAUUAUUUAUGUAUUGUGCAAUGUGUAUAAACAAAAAUAAAGAAAAGAUGCACUUUGCUUUAAUAUAAAUGCAAAUAACAAAUGCCAAAUUAAAAAAAGAUAAACACAAGAUUGGUGUUUUUUUCUAUGGGUGUUAUCACCUGGCUGAAUGUUUUUCUAAAGGAGUUUAUGUUCCAUUAAACAAUUUUUAAAAUGUA